AUGACUUCUAUAAGAAACCUGGCCCAGGCUGCAAUCAUUUUAUGUGCCAUGUGCUUUUUUACAACCUCUGAUGGAAGACCAAUGGUGAGGAGGUCUGUGAGUGAGAUGCAGUUGAUGCAUAACCUGGGUGAGCAUCGGCACACGGUGGAGAGGCAGGACUGGCUGCAGAUGAAGCUGCAGGACGUGCACAGUGCCCAGGAGGACGCUCGCACCCAGAGGCCUCGGAGCAAGGACGACGUUGUGCUGGGCCGGAGGCUGCUCCCGGAGCACCUGCGGGCAGCAGCGCAGAAGAAAUCCGUGGAUCUGGACAAGGCUUACAUGGAUGUCCUCUUCAAAACAAAGCCGUAG